UUGUCACAUUUUCUUUAUUUAUCUAUUUCGUUUUUCAUUUCAUUUUAUUUUUCGUUAAUUAGCCUUGGCCAUUAAAACUACAUCCGGUGUCGAAGUUUCAUGCGCGGACAGAUUCAGAUUUCCAUAGUUACGUCAUAGACAGUCCUAUAUGGUUACCAAUAUAUUCUCACAUCAAUAUUAGAGUACUAGAUUGAAGCAGAAAAAGCCAAAGUGUGUUCCAUAUUGUUUAGUUACGUGCCACUGCAAGUAAAAAAUGUCGAGUGCUUUUCGACCGUACCCACCACGUGUGAUUGAGGUAGAACGCAAUAUCUACAGUUUUUUCUCUAAAGAGGAUGCUGACCCACAAGCUUGUUGGGAAGCAAGAAGGAAAAACCAGGCAGCCAAAAUAACGGCUCAAGCCCAGGGCCCAACGAUGCCCAAAAUUCCUGAGCAAAGAACGUCUGUAGACAGUCGGUCCCUGAAUUCCACCCCAUCCAACAGCAUGUCAUGGACAGAGGAUAACGACUACUGGGAUGAUAGAAAUCAAAAUCAAACACCUCCCCCUCCCUCAAGUAUGAUGAGUUCACGAUUGUCAGACAGUGAAAUCAGUCAGCUUUCAGUUGAGUCUCGGCAGUCAGACGUCAAUGCUGGACAGUCUAGGAAUGUGCUCAAUCAAGUGCAGCAUCACUAUGCUCGGGUAGGCUCAUACAUCAGAGACAGCUAUCUGAAUGGAAUAGUCUGUGACAUUUGUUUCCGGGUUGGAAAUGAAAUGAUUCCCUUACACAAAGUUGUGCUGUCGUGUCAUAGUCCAUAUUUUGCCGAAAUAUUUGAAAAUGAGGAGUUUACGUUGGAUCCCAGAUCCCCAAAGCAAGUUGUGGUCAGAGGGGUGUCACAGAAAUCCGUAAAGCUGUUUUUAGAGUACAUGUAUAGCGGGAGAAUCACGGUCAAAACUUGUGAAAUUCCUGACCUGAUGAAGCUGGCAAGGGUAUUUUGUGUGGAAGGAAUUAAAAACUUGUGUUUCAAGAAGGUUUUACAACUUGAUAAUGAAGAAUUAUUGAAGUUACUGCCGAUCAUAACGAGAGGAGCAGACAUUGAGUUUUGUGACUUUAUAAUGAAAAUGAUCGCAAAGAACUUCAUCCAAGCCAAAGAAUGUAAAGCUUUCUUCGAUCUAGAUGUUGACACUAUUUGCAUGGUUUUGUCCCACGACAUGUUAUCUGUCGAGUCAGAAAUGGAUGUAUUUUAUGCUGGAGUGAGCUGGAUGAACCAUCAUGAUUCUGAGGAGAGAUCCCAACAUUUGGAGAGGAUAAUGGAAUGCAUUCGGUUCCCAUUGAUGUCAAACAAAGAGUUGUUCAUGUGUUACAAAAAGUGCCCUAUGUUGAGAAGUAGCACCCACUGCAUGGAGAUGAUAACCAUAGCCAACUGGGUUCAGACCUCUAUAUCGCUUGAGGAACAUGAUCCUUUGGAGUUUGAGGUUCCAGAACAGAGAAACACUGCCAACAGCAGCACUAGUAUCAGCAGCUACCUACACAAAAAUUCUAGCUCAAACAAUGAAUAUAUCUACCCUGAUGUUGCGGUUGAGGUUAGUCACAUGCCAGAGGAUAUGGCACGUGACUUCAACACGCAUGCUUACAUGCGGAGUAUGAGCUCGUCCACUCUGUCCGACGAAUAUGUCGUUCAACAGUACAGGAAAUCAAAAUCCGCGGCCAUCGUGUCCGAGAAAACAGAGCAUACGCAAAGAAAAAAACCAAGAACGCAACAGGAUUCCGUUUCAAGAAUGGAGGCUGAUACUCAGCUGAGAAAAAGUAAGGUGAAGGAAAAGCUCCUGAUGAAGGAAGGAAAAAGUCCUAGAGAGCAGAGCAGGAGAGAGGAGGCUGAUCGGAAUUUCGCUGCCAGAGAAAAAGACAGGAAACAACAGGAAGGGAGGAGUGUAGAGCACACCCAGGGGAGAUUUAGCAGAAAUCACGAGACGGAGAAGAAACACUCCAUGAUCUGGGGAGGAAGCAACUGGUAUAUGAUUGGUGGGAGCAUGUACAAUGGCGAGGAGUAUAUACCGUGCCCUGGAAAGGAGGUGCUGAUGUACAGCUAUGAAACCAAACGAUGGAAGUCUCUUGCUCCUAUGAGAGUUGCCAGAAUGCAGCAUGCACUCUGUAUAGAGGAUGGCCUUAUCUAUGCUAUUGGAGGAAUUGGGGAAGGCAAUCGCCUUCUGAACAGUGUGGAGUGCUAUAAUCCACGAUCCAACUCUUGGUUCUCCGUGAAAGCCCUCAGAGAACCACGUGCAGGUGCCAGCGCCACUGCUGAGAAGGGCAAUAUCUAUCUGGCUGGUGGAUUUGGACAUCUUUCUAAUGGCCAACCUUGUUCCGUCUUCGACACAGUGGAGUGUUACAAUGUGGAUUCAAACAAGUGGACGAAAAUAGAAGGGAAAUACCAGGAACCAUAAUCAAUGUUUUAGAAGGACUUUUCCCCGCCCUUUCUAUUCGUGAAUGGGAAAUCGAUUCAUACAAAAAUAAUAGUUGAAUAUAUGAAGUUAAUGUUGAAUCAUCAAAAUUCGUUGGGACCAAUUUUCGUGGAAUACCAAAAUUGUACAGUUUCGUGUGGUUUCAUAUUUUUGGUUUCUCUGCAGUGAUGUAUAUAUUUUUUCUAUUUUGAUGAGGUUUUCAAUUUGUGAGUAAAAGUAUUCAGAAAAUCCUAGAAAACUGGACCCCAUGAAAUGUAAUGAUUUUACAGAAUUAUUGUAGCUGAAAUCUAUUGUUGAAUAAAAUUUAUGCAUCCAA